GCAGUAACCAGCUGAUCGACCAUCAACAACAGGACCAAAAAGCAGCGACCUACGACCAAGGCGGAACUUAAUACAGGUCACAUACUUUCUUUAGGACCGCCUGAGAGUGAUAAACCAAACAUCAGACUGAGAGAGAGAGAAAGAGAGAGAGAAGGAGGGAAUUCACUACCUGAGUUCCUGCACUCAUAAAGCCCCAUUAGGAGGCCCCUCCACCCUCUCCAUCAUGACAACCCGUGGUAGUGGCAGGCCCAAUGGGACCCUGCCACAGACCAAGAUCUGCCAGUUCAAACUGGUGCUCUUAGGAGACAUGGCUGUAGGCAAGUCCAGCCUAGUGCUACGUUUUGUUAAGGGCCAGUUUGAUGAGUUCCAGGAGACAACCAUUGGAGCUGCCUUCUUGGCACAGAGUGUUUGUUUGGAUGACACAACGGUGAAGUUUGAGAUCUGGGACACGGCAGGUCAGGAACGGUACCACAGCCUGGCCCCCAUGUACUACCGUGGCGCUCAAGCUGCCAUUGUGGUGUUUGACAUCACUAAGCCGGAGACAUUUGAGCGGGCAAAAGCGUGGGUGAAGGAGCUGCAGAGACAGGCGAGUCCCAACAUUGUUAUUGCUUUGGCGGGGAACAAGGCUGACCUUGCAGACAAGCGACUGGUGGAAUAUGAGGAGGCCCAGACUUAUGCAGAAGACACAGGAUUACUCUUUAUGGAAACCUCUGCAAAGACUGCUAUGAAUGUGAACGAGCUGUUCCUGGCCAUUGCAAAAAAGAUGCCAAAAACAGACACGCAAAACCCUACGCAUGCCGCCAGACACAGGGGAGUGAAUCUCCAGGAUCCUGAUGCCCAGUCCACCCGAAGCUGCUGUGGGAACUAAGCAACUCUACACCAACCUUCGUGGCUUGAGAGACCACCAUCUUCCAACCCCCAGAUCCACCCCAACCUCCACCCUUUCACCACCUCAGACAGACAUCUAAUCCAAGGAAAAGGGAAAGGAUAGGGAAGUAUUUUUUAGUCACUUACUAAUGUGAUUUUUUUUUAAAGGGAGAUGUCUGACAUGGAUUGAUGGAUGAAAGCCUGUGGGUUUCAGACUCGGUAUAAUACUCAGCACCAUUAGUGGAUGUUUUGUGAUAUCAACUGGUUAAAAGAUCAUUUCAGUCGCUAUUCUUUCUGAUUAUGCAAGCACAGUAGAGUCAACCGUCAGAAGCAGUCAGGGGAAGAAACACAAGAUAGGGAGUACAAUGCAUUUAAAUGUCGAAGGAACAAAUGAAGGGACACAGUUGGUUCUCUUCCCUUCCAGUCUUCCCUGCCUUCCUUGAUCCUCCCAGGGAUUAAGGAAUCCCCAGUACCCUCCCACCUUCCCAUGUGAUUGCUCUGAGGUCUGAAAGCCCUUUGGCCAGUUUUGUAUCCUUACCUUUUAUUUUACCCUCCACUCUCACAUUUAUACUGGAAUGAACUCAACACCUAGGUCCCUGAUUAGCUACGCAAUAGACAACCAACCCAGUAUGUCAACCACAAGGAGGUCUUGAUGUCCCAGUAGGAAGAUCCAGAAUGUUCAGUAUGAUGGUGACAGCAAUCAGAAGCUUACUCCCAUCCCAUCAGCUAUUUUGCUAUAACCAUCCACUCUGUCUCUGGCCAUUUGUCCCCUCAGUGCCAGCCACAUGUCUUCCCACCACACCCCUCCUUCAUUCCACUCUCCCCGUCUCACCAAAAUAUGUCCACACUGUAACCAGAGAACAGUAUUCACUCAUUGGAAAUCAUCCUGCUGUUCAGUGCUUUCAGUGCUUACUGUUCUGGUCCAAUCACUGUAAAUUGCAUUUUGAGAAACAAUUGGUCAGCUGUCUGCAAUGUACUCGUGACGAUAACAUAGGUAUUGUUUGGUAACCCUUCUACUUUAACAUGAUACAGGGUAACCAUGAAAUCUCUCUCCUAAUUGUCUUUGGAUGCAAGAUCAUAUGGCACUGGUCCUGUUUUGUUUUGUAUGUCUUAAAAGCCAAGAAAAAUAGAGAAACAAGCACUCGCAAUCUACUGCUUUUCAUGUAGAAUAUAAAGGAUCGGAUGCUGUGCAAUGCACUGUCGUGUAAAGCGGUGGUGAGGGAAAUUUGCCCCUGUUUAAAAAAAAAAAAAAAAAAAGUUGCAAAGCCCCAAGAGGGUUUGGAAAAAAACAGAAGUGCCUACUCUCCGUUUUUUCCGUGUUCCUUGUUUUGGGCUUGCUUGAGGUGAGUUCAGUUAGGCAGACUGCCGAAAAAAAAAAAAAAGUAGCGUUUUGUGAUGCUGGCCUGAGCCAGGAGUGGGUAGCCCUUCUGCUGUGGAACCACAGGGUUAUGGCUACUUUUGCUCCUGGCCUUGUACGGCACACCUGACUCUGCCACGCGGAUUUCAGACUCCUGAUUGGCUGAAUCAGGUGUGUUUGGGUAGGGUCGGGGCAAAAGCCAUCAAACAUUGCCGCUCUACGGGAGGAGGCUAAUCUACCCCUAGCCUGAACCAUUACAGUAACAUGUAAUUCUCAUUAGUUUAGCGUGGUAAUAAGAGAGAGCUCCUUUGCCAUGUCUUGUUUUAUUGAUGCUGUUUGUUGUUAAUUUGUGUGUUACAGUAAAAAUGAAAUUCUAUUGAUGACUUUUAUUUAAAUUGGUUUUAUUUAGUAAUUUAAUGGGUUGCCAAUACAUUUUUGAGGUCAUUUAAGGAAUGAAUAAGUGUGUCACUGAUUAAAUAAUUUGUCAUGUUUCUUGAAGUCAACCAUGCUUGUGGGAUGGUUUUAAUCUCCCAUCAGCACCUGUGUGAAAUGGAAAUGUUUAAUAAAGCCGUGCUACUCCACUAUGAA